CCUUCCAGGUCCAUAAUGCAAAAGAAGUGUUACAAGGGGAGUUCCUGCAAACAAGAAUCUGUAGCACUUACUGCAGUGGCAUUACAAGAUCACAUUUUACAUAACCUUCAGCUGCAGAAUCUUUCAUUAGUAGAUCCUUUUAAGUCAAAGACACAGAGUAAAAAGAACGUAUUCAGACCUGCGAACAAAGAGACGGUCAGGGCAGUAGUAGAUACUGGACUAAGGAAAAAAAGCAGCCACCAACCGAAAAAUGAAGAUCCAGAAAAGGAAUAUGUUCUUGAUCCUUGUCCUCAGCCUCUCACUUUAGCUCAGAGACUUGGAUUGGUGGAACCUCCAGCUCAGCCACUAACCAUGACAGAAUGGGAACUCGUGAAGCAGCGCUCCGUCAGACAGGGAGAUUCUGUUCAGCCUUGUGCCAUAUGCAGAGAAGAAUUUGCACUUCAGCCACAGGUUUUGCUUUCGUGCUCUCACGUGUUCCACAGAGCAUGCUUGAAAGCUUUUGAAAGAUUUGCAGGUAAAAAGACCUGUCCAAUGUGUAGAAAGAUACAAUAUCAGACCCGAGUAAUUCAUGAUGGAGCACGCCUAUUUAAAAUAAAGUGUGCUACAAGAAUUCAAGCUUUCUGGAGGGGAUACUUUGUUAGAAAAUGGUAUAAAAACGUCAGAAAUACAAUGCCUCCAAAAGAUGCCAAGUUAAGGAAAAAAUUCUUUGAGGAAAAGUUUACAGAUAUCUGUCAAAGAUUAUUAAAUUCAUAUGAUACCUGCUUAGAUGAAUUCUUCUUUGAAAUUGAUUCUUCUGUAGCUGCGAGUCAAGAUGUGUUUCAGCAACUAGACAAGAAAUUGGGUCCACUGAUGGGUGAAGUAGAGUGGGAAAAGAUACAAAUGCAGGCAUUUCGGCAAGACAUAGUUGACUGCCCGAUUUGCAUCAUGCCACUUGUCUACUCGACUGAUUCUCAGGAUGGACUUUCCCAAGAUGGCCGGCAGCCCUGCUCCCAUCAGACUGUUUUGCUGUCCUGUUCUCACAUGUUUCAUACUACCUGUCUUCAAGCAUUCGAAGAGUUUUCCUUGGGAGAAAGACCUGUAUGUCCUUUAUGUCGUUCCUGUUAUCAAAAGAAAAUUCUUGACUAGCAGU